AUGGUCUACUUCGGCCCUUCACGAGGGUGUGCCACAUGCAAGCGGCGGCGGAAGAAGUGCGAUGAAGCUCGGCCUUCGUGUAUGAGAUGUGUCACUGCCAAGCGCACAUGUGGUGGCUAUGAGAAUGACGAGAAAGUCGUUAUCCAGCAAUACGAACGCCCCGAUAAUAAGCCUGACAGCACCACCAAGUCAAUUGGGCGCAAGUGCUCACUCCCGGUGCGAGGACGUCUCCCAGGAACAGAUAUCCUAGCCAACGACAAUUCGCCAAUAGAAGUGCCCGACAAAGCCGUGGAUGAGUUCGCCCUGCAGGCCUUUGUGUAUGACUUUUGCGUCAGCUCAACAAAUCAGGCCCUCUCGCGUGGCUUUUUGGGGCGUCUCGAGCCUCGUCUGCAUCGUCUAGGCUGGAAGUCUGAUCUGGCCAAGGCUUGUGGACUGGUCUCCUUUGCUAAACAUGGCAUCUCACUUAAUCGCCCGCAUCUGACCCUCCGGGCUGAGAAAUUGUACCAGGUUUUGGUGGCCUCGCUGGCGGAUGAUAUCCAGCAUCCUCCUGCUACCUUGGCUAACAAGGAGGACAAAGCGCUGGUCGCCUUGCUUUUGGGUCUUUAUGAGAUCAUUGCGGCCGAUGACUUGCGGCCUAGUAAUCACAAUGUCCAUGCGAGUGGCGUCGCUGCUAUGCUCAGGGUGAGGAACUCGCCAUUGCAUCUCCUGCAAGCUAUCCAAGGUGGUCAAUCACUCGGGGCUUUCGGUGGAACAGAACACAAUACUGGCCUGCUUACACCUCCAAUUGCAACCUCUCCAGCUCAAGCAUUAGAUCCCCUGCUAUCUAUACUAGGACCCAUUUGGGAACGAAGCAAUGGCAAAAUUAAUACAACUGCCGAGAUACUCGCACUUCGGGACGAGGCAAUGCAAUUGAACGACAUGUUCUCCAAAUGGGAAGAAGCGCAACCUAAUGAUUUUAAACCGAGCACAGUUGGCUCCAUGCCUGGACGAGGCGUCUUUUUCGAUUAUGGGGUGGGCUCGUGGCCCGGCAAAGUAGAUACAUACUUUGAUCCCUACGUUGCGGGAGUGUGGAAUGCCUACCGCGCCGCUCGAUUAUUGCUUAUCGACCUGAUUCUGCAACUAUCGGGUAUUAUCGAUGAUGGCAAGGAUCAUGACGCCGAAUUAGAUGUGGUGCUGCAUGUUUUGGAGGACAUGCUUUCGUCCAUUCCCUACCAUCUGGCGGAAGACGUGCAUGUCUUUUUGCGUGAUGCAGAUUCCCAUUCAUCGAUUGCCAACCCAGGCCGAACGGUCGGUGGCUUGUUGCUAAUGCAUUCCAUGCACGUUGUUUCCAAUCUCCUGAUUAUCAAUCCUCAGAUUCGAAGCUAUUUGAAGAAAAGCCUGGUGUGGAUGAAACAGAAUAUGGGGAUAGGGCUGGCAUCUCUCCUUGCCAACUCUUCAACCUUGGAACCCAACUGUUUUGCUAGUAGUAGCAUGCUGGUUUUAGUCGGUCUACUGGCCUGA